UCCACUAUCUUUAAAAUCACCAGUCAAGCUUACAUUGUGUCUAAGCAAACCUGCAUCACACCUUUAUUUAUAACCCUCCCCAAAGUGUUAAAGAUCUUGAAAUUUUACUAUUGGAGCGUCUAUUGUGGAAAAGCAAUCAUGACUGUGGGUAAGAGUAGCAAGAUGCUGCAGCACAUUGACUAUAGAAUGAGAUGUAUCCUGCAAGAUGGAAGAAUCUUCAUUGGCACCUUUAAGGCUUUUGACAAGCAUAUGAAUCUGAUUCUCUGUGAUUGUGAUGAGUUCAGGAAGAUCAAGCCAAAGAAUGCAAAACAGCCGGAACGUGAAGAAAAACGUGUUUUGGGUCUGGUCUUGCUACGUGGAGAGAACUUGGUCUCCAUGACUGUGGAGGGUCCACCUCCUAAAGAUACUGGUAUUGCUCGAGUGCCACUUGCUGGCGCUGCAGGUGGCCCUGGGGUUGGGAGGGCAGCUGGCAGAGGAGUACCAGCUGGUGUACCUAUUCCUCAAGCUCCUGCUGGAUUAGCAGGCCCUGUCCGAGGAGUUGGAGGUCCAUCCCAGCAGGUCAUGACUCCACAGGGAAGAGGCACUGUAGCAGCUGCUGCAGUUGCUGCCACUGCCAGCAUUGCUGGAGCUCCAACCCAGUACCCACCAGGGCGUGGAACUCCACCUCCCCCUGUAGGCAGAGCAACCCCACCACCAGGAAUCAUGGCCCCUCCACCUGGUAUGAGACCACCCAUGGGCCCACCGAUUGGCCUUCCCCCUGCUCGAGGGACGCCUAUAGGCAUGCCCCCUCCAGGAAUGAGACCCCCUCCACCAGGAAUUAGAGUAUCAGGUGAUGUCCUUUUGUCGAAUUACUUGAUGACUGAAAAGAGAAUUUCAUCAAUGAAUGUUAAGAAGUUUCAUGAGCCUGAAUACCACCCUGUAGUAUUAUAACAAGACUAUAAAUCCUAAUAGCUGCAUUUAAAACAGAAACAUAAACCAUGCAAGGUAAUGUAAUCUUUUGAUUUAAAAAAAACCGCAUUUUACAGAGAGGCCUUGACUGGAUUUAUGAUGAUAUAGGACCUUGUCUGAUCAAAAUGAUUUUAAAAAAUGAGCUUAAAAUAACUCUGAAAUCUAGUCAGUGUGCCUCAUUACAUAUAAAAUUGCUUAUCCUCAAUAGAAAUUAUUUGUUUAAAUGGGCAUGCUGGUAUAGACUUGUAAUUUCAGCCCUCGAUUGGCUGAUGUGAGGAUUACAAGUUCCAGGCCAGCCUAGUAUGCAUAACAAGAUGCUGUUGUAUACAUUGUAUGCUAAGAACUGGAAAGUACACAAUUGCACUUUUAUAUUAUACCAUAUCUUUUCAUAAAUGUUUUGAGAUAAUUUGUUUUCUGCAUUUUGUAUUUUGUUGCAAGCAAAACAUGAAAUGUCCGUGGAUCACAAAAGGCAUAGGCACCUGUUGAUAUGGAAAUAAGAAUGUGUAAAAAUGGAGCUCCCAAGUCUUGAAAAAUGGCACGUAUCAUUGUUGAUUUUGUAAGUGAUAUCAAUCAGGAGGAAAGGGUAAUGUUUAUGGAACAUUUCCAUUGUGGAAUGCGGUGAGUAUAAGAGCCUGUUCUGAUGUCUGCAUUUGAUUACCUUGGUCAGAUCCACAUCAUGGUAAUGUUACCACAAAAUUAGUUAACGAAUAAAUAUAGUAGUUAUGUUAGAAAUGUUCAGAAUUAAGAAGUAAGGUUUAGGUAUUAUUUCACUUUCUUUCAGUAAGAGUAUUAAGAACCCAUGAUUUUGUAGCUGAGUCCAUGCUCCAAUAUUAAAGCUGGCUAUUUUUACCACUUAAAUAUUUCCCAGUAUUUUGGUAUUUUCUAUAUAUUUGUAGGAAUGUUUUAGUAAUCUUUGUAAAGUUCCUGGAGAUAGAACGCAGAUUGUCAGGCAUUGCAGCACAUACCUUUACACCUACAGCCAUAACACUGGACACUGGCAUAGUGGCUUUUAGCUGGAAGGAUAGCUAUUAAGUUAUCAAAGUGAAAUUACUGCUUCCUUAGCCAUAUGCUGGCAUAUCUAUUUGCUUAUUCUUCUAUCCAUCCGUCCAUCCGUCAUCCGUCCGUCCAUCCAUCCAUCCAUCCAUCCAUCCAUCCAUCCAUCCAUCCAUCCAUCUUCAUCUACUUAUUUAAUGAUUGAUUCAGUUAUUGAUUGGCUUCUUGAUCUAUUUAAUUAUUGCUUUACUGGUAUAUGAAUUGAUUAUGUAUAGCUUUCUGGUCCUUGAUUUGUUUGGCUUUUUGAUCUAUGUAUAGAUCUAUGUAUUGGCUUCUUGGCAUUUUUAGUAGCUGACUGAUUUAUUUAUCUAUGUAUUUACUCAGGGCUUUCAUUAUUUAUUUAUUAUUUAUUUAUUUAUUUUUAAUUUACUUAAUGACUAAAAUUUAUUUAUUGCCUUUCUUGCCUAUAGGUUGAUUGGCUUUACUUAUUGGCUUGCUGUCAUUCAUUUUUCUUAUUACAAAUGUAUUUAUCUGAUUACUCAUUAACUUAUUUGAUUAAUUAGCUUCAUGGUCUAAUUAUUGGGUUGCUGGUAUUUGUCUACUGACUUUAUUUGCUUUCUUGCACUCACAUUUAUUAUUUUUUUAUCUGUCUAUCAUCAGUCUGUCUUCUUCAUCAGUUUAUUUAAUGAUGCAGUUAUUGGCUUCUUGAUCUGUUAGCUUGUUGGCACAUUUCUAUUUAUUGGCUUCUUGAUCAAUUUAUGGCCUUUCUUGCCUAUUGGUCAGUUGAUUGGUUUAUUGACUGACUUAUUGCCUUGAUCUAAUUGAAAAUCGAUUUAUUUACUUGCUAACUCUUUUAGCUUGGUUGCUUGCUAGCCACUUGAUUUGUUUAUUUAUUCUCUUUCCUGAGUGUUGGUUGGUAUUUCUUGAUUUGAUUGCUGGGAUAUCUAUCUACCCGCCUACCUAUAUACUUACCCACUAACUUAUUUAUUGGUGAUUGAUCUGUUUAUUUAUUUGCUUGGUUGCUUCCUAGCUUCUUAAUCUUUUUAUUCCCUUUCUUGAGUAUUGGUGGCGGUAUUUCUCUUGGCUUGCUGGGAUAUUUAUAUUUACUUACUAUUUUACUGUACAUUUUAUCUAUUUAAUGAUUUUACUUACCAACUAGCAUAUUUAUUCAUUCAUUUAUUUGUUUGGUGAUUAAGCUGUUUAUUUAUUGCCGUUUUUAAUCUAUCGGGAUGUGGCACAUUUAUUUACCCACUAACUUAUAUCUGUUUAUUGAUCUAUUUAAUGAUUUUGUUACUUACCCACUAACUUUGUACAUAUGAAUUAUUUAUUUAUACAUUUGUAUCUUCAUUGCCUGUCUUAUCAGUCAAUUGAUUAUUUAUUGUCUUGCUCUCAUUUAUUUAUUUACUUAUCCACUAACUUAUUUAUUGUACAUUUGAUCUUUAAUGAUAAAUUUACUUACUAGCCUAUUUAUUUGUGGAUUAAUUUGGUUAUUUAAUGCUAUCAGAAUGGUGAACCUUAUUGACUUGGCACAUUGAUUUACCCACUAACUUCUUUAUUGUACAUUCUAUAUGUUUAUAAUUUUACUUACACACUUACCUAUUCAUUUAUUUAUUUACUAGCCCAUUAACUUAUUUAUUGUACAUUUGAUUAAAUGAUUUUGCUUCCUUACCAACUAAUUGUUACAUAUUCAUUUUAUCUUUAUUUAAUGCAUAUUAUAUUCAUUUAUUUAUUUACUAGCCCACUAACUUAUUUGUUCUAUUUAAUUAUUUUGCUUACUUACCAACUAAUUUAUUGUAUACCCAUGUUAUCUCUACCUAUGUAUCUAUCUUUCUAUCUAUCUUUCUUUCUAUAUCUAUCUAUCUAUCUAUCUAUCUAUCUAUCUAUCUAUCUAUCUAUCUAUCUCUAUUGUAGUCCUGAAUACUUUUACCUUUUUUUUUACCUACUAGGGGCUUUAUUUAUUUGUUUGCUUAUGUGCUAACCCACUAACUUAUUGUACAUUUGAUCUAUUUAAUGAUUUUGCUUAUUUACCAACUAACAUUGCAUACUCAUGUUAUUUAUUUUAUCUAUUUAUUUCAUGUUCUAUCUAUUUAGUAAUUAUGUACUAACCCAUUAACUUAUUAUUGCACAAUUGAUCUAUUUAAUGAUUUUGCUUACUUACCAAAUAACUUAUUUAUUACAUACCCAUGUUAUCUCUUUACUGCUUAUUCACUUAUUUAUUUAUAUAUAUAUUUAUUUAUUUCCUGAACACUAUUGCCUUUUACCUACUGAGGACUUUAUUUACUUCUUUAUUUCUUGUUUUACAUUUGAUCUAUUUAAUGAUUUUUUUGAUUAAUUAUCAACUAACUUAUUUAUUGCAUAUCCAUUUUAUUUAUUUACUGUAUGUUUUAUUUAUUUAUUACGUACUAACACACUAACUUAUUUAUUGCACAUUUGAUCUAUUUAAUGAUUUAGCUUACUUACCAACUAAAUUAUUUAUUGCAUAUCCAUUUUAUCUAUUUAUUUAUUGCAUGUUCUAUUUAUUUAUUCAUUUAUUUAUUUUUGUUUAUUUAUUGUAGGCCUGUAUGUUUAUUGCCCUUUUUACCUAUUUAUUUAUUUAUGUACUAAUAUACUAACUUCUUUGUACAUUUAAUCUGUUUAAUGAUUUUGCUUACUUACCCGCUAACUUAUUUAUUGCUUACCCAUAUUUAUUUAUUGCAUUUUCUAUUUAUUUAUUUAUUUAUUUAUUUAUUUGCUGUAGUCCUGAACUCUAUUGCCUUUUUUACCUACUGGGGGCUUUAUUGUAUUUAUUUAUUAAUUUAUUUAAUCAUCUGCUAACCUACUUUCUAUUCAUUUAUUUAUAGCUAUUUAUGUAUUGUAGUCCUGUAAAGUUUAUUGCCUUUUUUGUAUAUCUAAAUUUAUUUAUUUAUUUAAUAGCCCACCAACUUAUUUAUUGUACAUUUGAUCUAUUUAUUUACUUUAUUGUACAUUUGAUCUAUUUAUUUAUUGUACAUUUGAUCUAUUAUGGUUUUGUUACUUACCCACUAACUUAUUUGUUUAACUAUUGUAUAUCUAAAACAUUUACUUAUUUACUUAUUUAUUGGUAUCUUAAUGUGUUCAUUGCCUUUCUUAUCUAUCAUGGAUUGUUAUUUACUAUUCAGCAUAUUUAUUAACUUACGUACUGACUAACUUAUUUAUUGUUCAUUUAAUAUAUUUAAUGAUUUAUUAAUUUAUAUACCCACUAACUUAUUUAUUUCUUGUUAAUUAAUCUGUUUAUUGCCCUUUAUUUUAACUAUCAUGGAAUGAAUAUUUAUUGACUUGUAGCAUUCACUUAUUUAACUACUGACUUAUUGUACAUUUGUUCUAUUUAUUUUGCUUACUUACCCUCUAACUUAUUGUACAGUUGAUCAAUUUAAUGACUUUACUAACUUAUUGCAUAUUUAUUUAUUCAUUUAUGUAUGUGUUUACACACCCACUAAUUUAUUUAUUUUACAUUUGAUCUAUUUAAUUUUGCUUGCUUUAUCACUUAUUUAUUGCAUAUUUGAUUUAUUUAUUUGUUCCUUGAUCUGUUCAUUGCUUUUCUUAUCUGGCAGUGGAUUGUUUUGAUGUUAUUUAUUGACUUGCUGUCUAUUUAUUUAUAUACUUACUUACCCACUAAAUUAUUUAUUUACCCACUAACUUAUUUAUUUACUUACCCACUAACUUAUUUAUUUAUUUACCCACUAACUUAUUUAUUUAUUUAUUUGCUUAUUUAUUUAUUUAUGUACUUACCCAUUAACUUACUUAUUUACCCACUAACUUAUUUAUUUAUUGACCCACUAUCUUAUUUAUUUAUGUACUUACCCAUUAACUUAUUUAUUUACUCACUGACUUAUUUAUUUACUUACCACCCACUAAUUUAUUUAUUUAUGUGCUUACCCACUAGCUUAUUUAUUUAUUUGCUUAUUUAUUUGCUUAUUUAUUUAUUAUGUGCUUGCCCACUAACUUAUUUAUUUAUUUACCCACUAACUUAUUUAUUUACCCACUAACUUAUUUGCUUGUUUAUUUAUUUAUGUACUUACCCACUAACUUAUUUAUUUAUUGACCCACUAACUUAUUUAUUUACUGACCCACUAACUUAUUUAUUUAUUGACCCACUAACUUAUUUAUUUACUUACCCACUAACUUAUUUAUUUAUUUACCCACUAACUUAUUUAUUUAUUUGCUUAUUUAUGUACUUACCCAUUAACUUACUUAUUUACCUACUAACUUAUUUAUUUAUUGACCCACUAUCUUAUUUAUUUAUGUACUUACCCAUUAACUUAUUUAUUUAUUUACUCACUGACUUAUUUAUUUACUUACCAUCGACUAAUUUAUUUAUUUAUUUGCUUAUUUAUUUAUGUGCUUACCCACUAGCUUAUUUAUUUAUUUGCUUAUUUAUUUAUUUAUUUAUUUAUGUACUUGCCCACUAACUUAUUUAUUUAUUUACCCACUAACUUAUUUAUUUACCCACUAACUUAUUUGCUUGUUUAUUUAUUUAUGUACUUACCCACUAACUUAUUUAUUUAUUGACCCACUAACUUAUUUAUUUACUGACCCACUAACUUAUUUAUUUAUUGACCCACUAACUUAUUUAUUUACUUACCCACUAACUUAUUUAUUUAUU